AUUGGUGAAUGUCUCAAGAAAGACUUACGCCAUUUGAACGGCACUUGAAAAAAGUAGAAGAAAAGAACCAAAGAGAAAAGGCCGAAGCUGCAGAGUUAUAUCAAGAGUUUGUUCGCGCGUUUGCGGCUGAGGAUGAACCAGAACAGGAGACUUUACAAGAAACACAGUCGACCUGGAACCAAGACCUAAACAGCGGACCCAAGAAAGCAAGUGAAGGGACUCUAUUGAGCCCCAUGGGACUACUGGAAAACAAGUACAGGCAGCGUUUUUGUAUGAAGUCGGUAAAGAAGAAGCGAAAUAUCGAUACAUUUUUGGAGGAAAUCAAAAAAGGAAAGACAGCAACUCCGCAGUCUGUUCCACAAUCAGCUCCAAAAACUUUUCUGAAUCCUGUCGGUUCUCAUGAUUCGGGAGACCCGUUGACAACCAAUAUUUUUCUUGGAAACUUGAACCCUUCUACGACGGAGGAAACGUUGUUGAGAACUUUUGGUCGCUUUGGUCCAGUUGGGAGUAUUAAAAUCAUGUACCCUAGAACUCCAGAAGAACACUUACGAGGAUAUAAUUCUGGUUUUGUAUCCUUUAUGGAAAGAGACGAUGCAGAAGCAGCACUGGAAGCGUUACAAGGAACUUUAUUGGAUGGGUUUCUUGUCCGCUUGGCUUGGGGGAAGCCUGUAAAGAGACCUCUGAAGCCGCUGUCUCCUCCAAGUGGGUUUGUUUAUGGUGGUUCUUCUCUGAAAACGACUGCUUUGGAUACUGCUGGAGAGCACGCCAAAGAGAACAACGUAGUUAUUGAUGUCGUCCCUCCUUUUGACCUGCAACGUAGAAGAGAGAUUGAUCUUUUAGCCUUGCACGUUUCCAAGGAAGGCUAUGCCUUUGAGAGUCUGGUAAUAGAAAGAGAGAAAAAAUUAAGUAGCCAGGGUCGGUCUCGAUUUCGUUUUCUAUUUGAUGUCAACGAAAGUCUUUCUGAAGAAAGCAUAUACUAUCGUUGGAAAGUUUAUUCUUUGUGUCAAGGAGAUAUGGAAUCGAGAUGGCGAACGAUACCUUUUGUGAUGUAUGAAAAUGGACCUUCAUGGAGGCCACCGACUUGUUCCAAGCCCUAUAACAACCCUGGCAUGAAGAAGAAUGAGUUGGAAGUUUUGACAGAAAAUUUUAGAGAACAGGAAGGAGAAGACAUUAUUAGCAAAGUUAGCCGAAAAGAUGCUAGUUUAAAACAGGGAGAUGUGGAUCAGUUGAUGAAGUUGUUACAGAAUAUUUCACCUGAAAGAAGUUGUAUUGCAGAAGCUAUGGUAUUUUGUGUGGAACGAGCCUUUGCAGCUGGGGAUAUCGCAUCCAUUAUUGCGGAGUCUUUGAUGUUGGACGAAACCCCCAUUGCUAUUAAGACUGCUCGUUUGUAUCUAAUAUCUGAUAUUCUCCAUAAUAGUGUGGCUCCAGUACACAAUGCUUCUGCAUUUCGUUCACGUUUUCAAAUGGUACUUCCGCAAAUAUUUGAUUCUAUUGGAAAAAGCUACGAAAAGAUUCAAGGUUUCAUAGCAUCUAGUUCGGUUCGUGCACAAAUCGAGGCAGUUCUAGAGGCUUGGAGCACAUGGUCCUUAUACCCGGAAGAGUUCAUAGAGCAUUUGCGUUCGUGUUAUCGUCGUUCUUAUCUCAAGUCUGAAUCAAUUCAAGGAGAAGCUUCUACAAGUAUUCAAGGACAGUCUCCAGUUUCUGUCACUAGUAAGCAGGAAGAAGAAAUGAAGACUUCUGUAACGGUUGCAAGAGACGAGAAGGAUUGGAUCGAGGAGGAGGAUUUAGAUGGUGUUCCAUUAGAAGAAGAUGAAGAAGCAAUAGAGAUUGAAAUAAAGUAGAAUGGAAUGGAGGAUUUGGAUGGAGAGUUGUGCACAAGUGUUCUUGCUCUUAAACCAAAAACAUUGAAACCUUUGUUGCCUACGUUUUGAAAUUUUUGCAAAUUAAACAAGUGCUUCUUGGA